UUCAAUAUUGCAUCAAUAUAACAGUUGAAGCUGGACGAAGCGACUCCUGUCUCUCUUUAGCGCAGUCACUGCUUCGAUCCAUUAUGGCCGCCUAGAUUACGAGAUUGUUCGCUAUUGCCGAGCUUCUUACCUGAUUCUUUCCCUUUUCUGAGACAAUUGUCCGAAAGAUAAUCGUUAAAAUUCACUUAUAAUAAGACAAUCACUGUUAUGUCAUCGGAGAGAAUGCCCACUACUGCCGUACAACAUCCUGUUGACGAGUCGGAAUUGGUGUCUGAUGAAGCAGAAGAGAGGAACUGGAGAGGAAUUUGUAUUGCCCUUCUAGUUAUUGCCACAAUUUGUACUCUUAUAAUUACCGCUGUAAUCCUUCUAACACCAGGCGAAGAGGAACCGCGAGUGAAAAAUCCUAAAUUUAACUUAGAAGAAGUUUUAACUGGAGACUCUAUACCUAGAAGAUUUAAUGGUUCUUGGAUAUCAGAUAAAGAGGUUUUAUUUCAAGAUGGAGACGGUUUUCUCGUGUUAUAUAAUGCAGAUACGGACACGACAACAAUACUCAUGUCAAAUGCGACAUUCAAACAAUAUAAAGUGGAAAAAUACAGUCUUUCACCAGACAGAAAAUUUAUUUUAAUAGUUAAAGACAUUCAAAAGGUUUUUCGUUAUUCAUAUAAAGCUAAGUUUGGAAUAUAUAGUAUAAUAAAACAACGCGUUUUUUCAUUAAUACCCGAUGAUCCCGAGGCAGAAUUGCAAUACGCUGCUUGGGGAAGGCAAGGCAGCCAAAUGGUUUAUGUAAAAGACAAUAAUGUUUAUUAUUCUCCACUAUUCACCAAACGUGGUGAACCGAGAGUAUUAUCUCAGACUGGAAUGGAUGGUGUAAUAUAUAAUGGAAUACCCGAUUGGUUAUAUGAAGAAGAGAUAUUAAAAAGCAAUAAUGCAAUUUGGUGGUCGGACGACGGUACCCGCUUGAGUUUUGCAUCAUUUGACGAUUCUAUGGUCGAUGUUAUGCAAUAUUCUUGGUACGGAUCCUAUAAAGACUCGUCGAACAUUUAUCCACAAACGAUGGAUCUCAGGUAUCCCAAGCCCGGAAGACCAAAUCCCAUAGUAACUUUAUGGGUUGUGGAUUUAGCCGAGUCCAGUCCAACUCCUAAACUUGUCCAGCCACCGAAAGAAUACAGGGACCAAGAUCGUUACCUAACUUCUGUUCGUUGGCUAGACAAUAAGAAACUGUCCGUUAUUUGGUUGAAACGUUCACAAAAUACGUCCAUUGUAACACUUUGCAGUGCUGUUAAUGGAUGGUUGUGUGAAAAGAAUCUUCAAGAGGACAGCUACGGAUAUGGAUGGGUAGAGAUGUACGAACCUCCACUAUUUACUAUGGAUAAACACCACUAUUUCCUUCGUCUCCCAGUAGCAGAUGGAAAGGCUGGACACUACCGCCAUCUUGCUAUGAUAGAUGUGGAUACAGGCAGGAAGGACUAUCUGACCCAUGGCCGGUAUGACGUCACUCAAAUAUUAUCUCAUCAUCCGGAGAACAGGACAGUGUUCUACAUCGCUACCGUCCGAGGUAAACCGGGAGAGAGGCAUCUUUUUUCUGUCACCGAUGUUACCUCUCAGCUGCCACGUUUAACGACAUGUUACACAUGCGAAAUGGGAGAAGGUUGUUUAUACAAUAAUGCUAUUUUUAGUCCCGAUUCUAAAUAUUACAUUUUAGAAUGCUUGGGCCCCAAAGUACCGAGAAUUGAACUGAGAAGUUCCAGUAACAAUAACUUAAUUAAGGUUUUUGAUGAAAACACUAACGUUCAAGAACUCAUAGAUUCGAGAGCUUUCCCUCAAGUUAGGACGUUUCAUAUUCCAAUUAAAAACGGAUUCAAAGCUAACGUUAGAAUGCUUCUACCUCCCGGAUUGAGAGAUGAAGAAAUUCUUAAAUAUCCGGUGGUCGUGAAGGCCGAUGGUAGUCCUGGCGGUCAGUCCGUAUCUGAACAAUUUGAAUUACAUUGGGGAUCGUACUUAGCUAGUAAGAAGGAUUACGUAUACGUGACGAUCGAUGGAAGAGGAAGCGGUUUUCAAGGAGAUAAAAGAUUGCACGAAGUGUAUCGUCAACUAGGAAAUUUAGAAAUGGAAGAUUAUAUAUCUGUUAUGAGUUACUUGAAACAUAAUUUACCCUUUAUCGACGGAGACAGAAUGUGUAUUUGGGGUUGGUCUUAUGGAGGUUAUGCUGCGGCAAUGGUUUUAGCGAGAGAUAACGAACUUUUUCAAUGUGGAAUCUCAGUAGCACCUAUCACAAGUUGGUUUUAUUAUGAUUCUUUUUACACCGAGAGGUAUAUGCAGUCUCCGAAACCAGAAGAUAAUUAUUUGGGUUACGAAAAAGGUGACUUAAUAAGAAAAGCGGCAGAUUUCAGGAAAAAAAAAUACUUAAUAAUUCAUGGAACAGCUGACGAUAAAAUUCACCUUCAACAUUCCAUGAUGAUGAUAAAGAGCCUUAUUGAAUCGAAUGUCCUUUUUCGAACUCAGAUGUAUCCCGACGAGACGAACAAUUUAGAAAAUGUUCAAAUUCAUUUAUAUCGAACUAUGGAAAACUUUUUAGAACGCUGUUUUAUCAUCGAAGAAGAAGAGGAGGAACAAGACAUAGAAACAUCAGAAGAUGAAGAUGUAUAAAUACAUUUUUAAAAGAUAAAAAAACAAUCAAUCUGAGCCUGAAAUCAAUCAUUGCAAUAUUAAUUCAGUUCCAAUAAAUACUCCUCCAGAGAAAAAAAUCCAUCGAAGAUAUAAAAAUAAAAAAAAAAAAAAAAAACCUUUAUACGAGCCUGUUAUGGGGUUAUUGUUGUUGAUAAUCAAGUUGUAAGGGGCCAUGUCUCCAUUAUAUUGUUAUAUUUUACAAAAAAACAACAGAAAAAUUAUUGUUUUUUCCAUUUUUUCAUUGUUACUUCAUUAAUAAACAGGGGGUUCAUCAAUUUGUUUCGUCCAACCUCUCUGGUUAUAGAUAACUAUGCAUCGUUUACUGUUAUUCCAUUGUUUUUGCACGAGAGAAAAGAGCAGUAUUAUUUAUAAAUAACGAUAAUCAAUAAUAAAAAGAAAUCAAUAAAUAACUUGUAAAUAAAAAAAAAUAGGUUUCUUUCUAAAUAAAUCUUUGCUCACUAAAUUAUGAGUAUGUUAUCCUGCUCAAUACGAUUGUCCAAGUUUUGUGUAUGUCCAGCUCUUAUUUUAUGCAGAAUAUAUUUUGAAAUAUUGUUAUUUAUGUCUGCUUGUUAAUACUGAAAUAGAGUAGUUCCUCUGAUAUGUCAAAUUAGUCACUGCCUUAAUCUUUAUCGAGUUUUAUUCAAUUUUUCGACAUUAAUUUUCAUGUACAAUUUUAAUAGAACAAGUUAUCUCUCUCAUUAUCAUUCAUGUCUUUCAUCGCGAUUUUAUAACUCUUUAAAUUAUCUAUAAAUAUAUUUAUUAUUAAUUUACCUUAUUUACGAAGAGUUUUAAUGAGUUAAUAUUUGUUCUUGUUUUACAUGAAAACUGCAGCAAUAACCAUUAAAUUACUUCUGCAUUAAUAUUUACUGUUAAGUAAACUAGAUAUGUGAUUUUAAUAUUUUUAAAAUUUAUAAUAUUCAUUAAUUAAAAAAAUAUUUCAAACUAGAGUCAUGAAUUAUUGCUUUUAUUUAAUUGCAUAUUUCAUUAGCUCCGUAAUUCAUGACGCGUAAUAAGAUGAUAAUGAAUGAGAUACAUAAAUAUACUUAUAUAAAUAAAAAUCUCCAUAUUUAUUAUAGAAAAAAAUAUAUAUUUAUUUGUAUUAAUUUAGCAUAGUUACUACUUUAGAUUUGCUUUAGAUAUAUGUAAAUAAAUGUGAUUUCAGUAGGCCUAUUUAAAACAAUUGUUGUAAAUUUAGAAUCAUUUUGUCUGUAUAUAAACAUAUUUGUCUGAUUUUGUUAAAAACUUUUUUAGAAAGAUUAUAUAUAAAUAUAUAUAUAUAUUAUAUAUAUAGUUUAUUUAGGCACUAUGUGGGACAAGUUCUGUACCAAAAGUGCCAAAUUUAGGGGUAAUAUUUUAAUGAAUAUAUUCGCGUUUAUUCCUUGCAAAUUUAGACUAAGCAUUUAGCAUAUUUUUAUUUUAAAAUUUCUAAAAUAAUCCUUUGUACAAUCAUCAUUUUUAAUCUUAAAAUUUCAAACCAAAUUUCAUAGACAGAAAAUAAUAAAGAUGAAGAAACAUCUUUUGUGUUUGUAGUUUCUUAUUAAUUACUUUUAUUAUUUCAACGUUUACAAGACAAAAUAUGCAGUUGAUAAAUGGUUGGUUUCAUUUGACUACAAACAUUAAAAUUAUUCGUAAACGCUGCAUUUCCUUUAAGGAAUUAUUUAUUAUUAAAAGACAGCUUUCUUCCCUGACUUCUGCAUUUUAUAAAUAUAUAUUAAACAACCGGCUGACUUAUUUUAGAUCAUGUCAUAACGUUGUCGGAUGUCAAUGUGAUUUGUUAUGUUGUGCCUUUCAAGCAAAACAAUUCUAUUCGAUGAAUGCUGAAUUAAUGUUCUAUAAGGUUGGAUUCAUACAUAAGUAAUUUGAGAAACGUUGGUAAAAGUUUAUUCAACCUUCCCAAUCUUUUCUAUAGAUACAAUACCAUAAAAAUUCACUCGAGGAUUGUUACUGUCGGUUUGAUUUUCUUUGCUUCAAUAAUCAAGAGCGCAAUAUCAGAGUCAAGUAGUUUUGCAUGCAAAACAGAACAAUAAAGAUAAAGUGCAGGUUUCUGAACUCUAUACAUUCCAUUGCAUUUCUAAUAAAAUUUUCUUUUCACGAUUUUAUAAAUUUAAAAUAUUUAUUUUCCAUUUAAUUCAUUGAUUAUUUUAACUGUAACUUUAACUAUGCUGGAAAUUGGAUUGUGAUAAUUUCGACAAAAUAUUAGCAUUAAAAAAAGAGGAAAAAUUUAUAAUUGUUUAAAAUAUUCUUAUAAUUGUUUAAAUUUAAUAUUAAAAAAUUUUAAAACGUUUGGUGCUAUAAUUUACUUAAUAAUUUCGAUUUAAAUCGGUGUAUGAAUAAAAAUAA